GUCGCGUUCUGCAAGCGAAAACGUUCUACGACGCUGGUGGAGUAGACUCUGUAGUGGGAGGAGGUACUUCCUCUUCCGCAGCGCCAACACGCAAGAUCGACAAGAGCAAGUACUACGACCGCGACGACGGCGAUGCUCCAGCGCGUGGCGGAGGCGCGAAGGGGAAGGGAAAGUCUGGCGCAGGCCAUUGGGAUCCGGAAGGCUACUGGAUCGACGAUGCACCAGGUGCCAAGCGAUCCGGAGGCGACGACUUCCGAGGGGGAGACAAGUCUCGUCGAACAGAUAGAGAACGGGACGACAGAAGAAGAGGUGAUGACGAUCGUGGAGAUCGGGCUAGACGACGCUAAUCAAACACCUGGCUAGCACAUGAGAACAUGAGAUUUUGAACCUUUAGAGAUGGUGGAGAGGAUAGUAGAAAAUUUUGAUGUGAAACACAAACAAGAUGGUGGAAAAAAAGAAGACGUUGAUGAAGAAGUCAUGAAGAAACUAGUCUUGGACCAAGAUUCUUGCUGGUGUUGCAGAAAUGAACGCAGAAUUUUCUUGUGGACGAGGUAAUGCGCGAAUAUUAUGCUGAAAAAAUUUAAACUAUAACUAUGCAAAUUGAUGUAGGUGUAGGAAUUUUUUAAUCAAGAACAAGUCAAUUUCUUUUUCAUUUAUCUUCUUUCCACCUAUUAUCGACCACGACAGACACACAUACACGAGAGGAAGUCCUUCUAGAGUAAAUUCUUUUCCUGCAGGACUUCUAAGAAUUCUGACACAUUGAUAUUGAACGUUUUUUCUAGGUUCAUAUUCUACGAGGGCGAGAAUUGUGAGGAUGCGGAUGGGAUCCACCUAGCCGCAAUGCCAGCUUCGAUUGCAGAUGAGAAAGAAGGGUUGCGAGCAUUUUCACGUGCUCGUGCAGCGUAGAAGGGCCCCAAGAUUUAUGCUGUUUCUACUUGUAGGAGUAGCUCAAAAAUUUGAAAUCCUAUCGUUACUGUGCAGAACGGAUCUUGACGUGUUGUUUUCUUCAUUAUCAGUACUACUAGAACCCAUCUUUUUUAAUCGGAUUUUCUGCAUUCCAUAAUAUGUUAUUGAAAUAGACAGAAUAGUUACAUGAACAUCAAGACUAGUACUAAUAUUCCAUCCUACCCAACUCUAUGUUGUCUGUCAACGUACUACCAAUAUAUCAAUCACGAGAAAGAUGGACGUACCAGUAUCUGCAGCAAAACUUUCUAGUACUCGAGAAGAUCCAGCACUUAUAAAUAUAUCGUUGUUAUUGUGGUAUUAGUAAAACAAACAAUACUGAACAAAGAGAACAUCAAGGUCCGCUAUAAUAUCCAACUUGGUGAGAAGAUUGAAGAUAUUUGAUGCUUGCGAGACUGCGGUACCUGGGACUAUCAUCGUGGUCCUCGUUGGAGACACAAGGACAGGUUACGACUGACAAUAUCGUCACGGAGGCGCUGAAGAUCUUAGUUGCAGAUUCAUCUCUUCGUCUCAUAUCAUAUAUGAGCUUCUCGAGCAGGAGGAUCUUCUCGUCUCUCAUUCUGCAAAUAUGUGAUGUCAUACCUUGUACUUACUCACGUUGUUGUUGUACCACAUCAAAUGCGAUGCUUGGAGAUCAUGACCUUAGAAUUGUAUUAGACUUGGAACGACCAAAAAUACUACAAUUUCUGAUUGUACUACUUCUUCAUCAUGACAAGAAAUAGAGCUGCGAUGUCGAUGAAUAUGAGCUGCAGAAACUUACUACCACCAUUUAUUAUCUUGGAAAAAUAAUUCGACUUGAUUGCACAAGAUGAACUAAAAUGUAAUAAUUGAUUCAACAACUACAACAUCUAAUUUUCACUUUGUCUUUGCUUAUCCUCGUGUCUUUCUAUGUUAUUUCAUGCUUGGCGUUCCUUCUUCGACUUUUGACCAUAUCUAUUGACGAUGUUAAAGAAUGCAGACCAGUCAUCGAGUGAGCAUCAGGAAUACCCCACGACUCCUGAUUCUUGCUUCCUACAACUUACAUCCAAUGAAAAAUUUGAAAAUAAGAAAUUGCAGUUUGUUACUGCAAUAUCUUUAACUUCAACAUAGGAGCAAAUAACCCACUCUUGCGCAUGACUGAGUUGUAGAUGUGGUAUUAAGAGAAAAGAAAAUAGAAGUAUCUAGUUGUAUUGUUCCCUUUCAGACCGGGUAGGAGAAUUAUCAGCUGCUCGGGAUGUUGAUCCAUACCACUAGCACAGUACCAUAAUCAUCUGAAGCUGUUUCUUCAUUAGCGAAACUACAGCCAUGUCUGCGCGUCUGACUCUGUUGGGUGAGCACAUAGAAGAAUACUGUACAUGCUCAUGCGCGUGUGCUGCUCAUUAUGUUGAUGCUGUACCCUUCUUGAUUUAACAUUGGUUACUCCAGCAUGUACUUAUGUUGUACAACGAACAACCGCAACCCCCUAAGCACUACAAUAAAAACUAAUCAAUGUGUUUUUCUUUUGAUCAUUGCUUUCUAAAUUCUUCCCCAGCACACUACAAAAUCGAAACAUGAUGUGAACGAUAUGUUGACAUUUAAUAUCCCCGCACUAUGAUUUCUUUAAUAGGCCCUCAAUUGCCUUCGCCGGGCUUCAUCUCAGCUGAGUCCAAGAACACCAGCGGCGCCAUGGACGAAGACGAAAAUGCUCUUGCUCGUCCUUCACAGCUGACAGAUCAGUCCUUUUAUUUCCGGUAGGAAGGAGAGACCAUCGGAAGAGUCACUAAAAAUGAGCUGACUUUUCAUAGCGUCAAGACUAAUAACACCUGCACCAGCACCAAUGUGAG